AUGUUCCAGCUUGAGAAGAGUGGCACAGGAAGCCCGCAAGAACGCCGAAGUUCUAGUUCAGCGACGAUUAAUUUUGUCGAUCCCGAAUUCGAGGGGUGUGACGAAACCGAAGAUUUCGCUUUCGAAUUUAAUGAACGGUUGGAUAUACACUCUCGCACUGCCGAUGAGCUCUUUGACGGGGGCAAAAUCAAGCUUUUGCAGCAGCAACAACCGAAAAUGCAUGAACAUUUUAAUGGCGUGUGUGUCGAAACAACACGAAGAGAUGAUAUGCUACUAGAAGGGAACGACGAUAGGCGAGGAAGAGGAAGAGGAAGAGAAAGAGUUUAUUACUCAUCCAGUUCGAGAAGGCAAAUUUUUUCGAGAUCUUUGUCACCUGUAAGGUCUUCAACUAGGGCAAUAGAGCUAGGUCAUGACGAAAAAUGUUGUUCAAAAAAUUCUUCGUUUUUAAGUUCGAGCUCAAGUUCGAAUUCUUCGAAUUGGUAUGGGAGAUGGAAGCUAACAGAUAUUUUGUUGUUUCGUAAUUCGUCUGAUGGUUAUGCAAUUAACAGGAAAUAUGAGAAAUUGAAGAAAAUGAGGUCUCGGAAUGAAGAUUUGAGCAAGAAUUCGAGCUUGGGAUCGAACCGUACUGCCUGUGUUUCGAUGUUGAAUAAGAAAAAGAAAGUUGGUGGUGAUGAAUGGCAGCACUAUAAGGUGUAUCAAGCGGCUGCUGAGGAGAUGAGGAGGAAAACUUUCUUGCCAUACAGAAGAAAUAUUAUCAGCUGCAUGGACAUGGAUUCUAGUGUUUUUUGA